AUCCAACAGGGGGGGCUACAGUUCCACUAAUGGCGGUUCAAGGAGUUUCUUUCCACUAUUUGGCACAUGUGGCUGCCAGACAAGUUACACAUUUUUCCCAAACGGCUCAUUUCUUCAGGACAAACGUUGCUUCAUCGGUGCACUCCUGUCUCUCUCUUCUAUUUGCCAGAUAAAGCCAGUUUGUGUCGUGUUUGUGGUAUCAGUAUUUUGAAGGCAGAAACCGUGGCGUCCUAAUUAGAGGCAGAUUUUUGGAGCGGGGCGAGGAGUGGCUUCUCCAGGCGCGUUCAUCUUCUGGGGGAACAGCUGGGGAAGACAGCGACAAAGACGGGUGUGGAGGAGUUUAGGAGUGAUCUGACUUCUUCUAAAAGCCACGGACAUGUUUGCGGAUUGAUGGAACGCGCGUGUAUGUUCAGAAUGGAGACCUCUUGUCUGGACCUGGCUCUAGAGGGAGAACGGCUGUGUAAAUCCGGAGACUACAGAGCCGGAGUGUCGUUCUUUGAAUCUGCCAUUGAAGUGGGAACAGAGGACCUUCAAAUCCUCAGUGCCAUCUACAGUCAGCUGGGAAAUGCUUAUUUUCACCUUCAGGAAUACAACAAGGCUCUAGAAUAUCACCGCCAUGACCUCACUCUCACCAGGACAAUUGGAGAUGAACUCGGUGAAGCCAAAGCCAGCGGUAACCUUGGGAACACUUUGAAGCUUCUAGGGAGGUACGAUGAAGCAGUGGUUUGUUGCCAACGACAUUUGGACAUAACCAGAGCCAUGUACGACAAGGUUGGCCAGGCUCGGGCGCUGUAUAAUUUUGGGAAUGUGUACCAUGCCAAGGGAAAGAGCAUCUGCUGGAGUGGAGCGGAGCCGGGCGAGUUUCCGGAGGAGGCGCGUGUGGCUCUGAGGAAGGCUGCACAGUACUACGAGGCAAAUUUAUCCAUGGUGAAGGAAUUAGGUGAUCGACCAGCCCAGGGUCGGACAUAUGGUAACCUAGGCAACACAUACUAUCUCCUCGGAGACUUCAAAUCAGCCAUAGCAGCACAUGAGAAGCGUUUGCUGAUUGCGAAGGAGUUUGGAGACAGGUCUGCUGAGAGAAGAGCCCACUGUAAUCUUGGCAACGCUCACAUAUUUCUCAACCAGUUUGACGUGGCAGCUAGUCAUUACAAGAGGACGCUGCAGUUGGCUCGGCUCCUGAAGGACAGAGCUGUGGAGGCGCAGGCGUGCUACAGUCUGGGAAACACGUACACGCUCCUGCACGACUAUGAGCGAGCCAUCGACUACCACCUCAAGCAUCUGGUCAUCGCGCAGGACCUUAAUGACCGAGUGGGUGAAGGCAGAGCUUACUGGAGUCUCGGAAAUGCCCACACGGCCCUGGGGAAUCACGAACAGGCCAUGUAUUUUGCAGAGAAGCACUUGGAAAUCGCCAAAGAGACGGGAGACAAAAGUAGUGAGGUGACGGCCAGAAUGAACUUAUCUGACCUGCGACUCGUUGUGGGGCUCAAGUCAAAUUCCAAUAAUCGAUUAAACAUUUACCACAACACCAACACAAACAGCUCCGCUCUACCUCCACUGUGCCCGAAUUACACCAACGUCCCAGGCGUAAAAAGUCCGGAAAAGAUUAAAGAAAACUUGGAAAACUCCAGUCAUAGUCCGGAAAAGGCUUUAACCGAGGAUUCAUCUGUGCACUCAGAUGAAGAUGUGUUUUCAAAGCCUUCCAAAGCGAACACCAUCAAAGCGUCUACAAAGCUGUUCCUCUUUCAACGGUUAAAAAGUAAAAAGCAGAAAAACAACAAAACACCCGCCAAAGGUCACCCAGAGAUCACGGCCGAGAACCCGCCCUCAGAAAUGGACUCGCCCGUCAUAACGAAGAGCGCGCGGGACACCAUCGGUGAGGACGGCUUCUUUGACCUGCUGUACCGUUUUCAGGGCAGCAGAAUGGACGACCAAAGGUGCACUCUCCUCGAUGACCACAGCCCUCCCCCUGCCCAGUCCUCCCCUCUGUCCACCCCACCUGUAGCAGAAAAUAAACCUAUUUUGGAUCGCGAAGCCCCCUCUCAGGAUCCUGGUCAUUUCCUGGAGCUGCUGGCCAGCUCCCAGGCCCGACGCCUGGACGACCAAAGAGCCAGCCUCAGCCAUUUUCCUGGCUUACGGCUCAGCACCUCCAACCCGCUGCAUUCACUGCACACCUCAACAGAACCAGCCCCAGCACAAGUCCCCACAUCGAGUGCAGAUCCCCCUCACACACACUCCCUGUACGACCAGCUCGAGGCCAGUGCUGAUAAACCAGAGAGCGAUGAGGUCUUCUUCGACAUGCUCGUCAAGUGCCAGGGCUCCAGACUGAAUGACCAGAGGUGUGCCGCCCCCUCCUCCACGAACAAGGGCCCCACUGUACCAGAUGAGGACUUUUUCAGUCUGAUUAUGCGCUCACAGUCCAACCGGAUGGAAGAACAGCGGGUAACGGCGCCCCCUGCUGUCACACAACCAAAGCCAGACUGACUUCAGCAUAUUGACCCCAUAUGGAUAAAAUAUGAAGAAAGACUGCUCACUAUUUUUGGAUCUAACAUAACAGGAUGUACUGGACAGAAAUGGAAACGAUUUAACAACUGUGCUGCAAGAAAAUGGUGGAAAACUGCUUCAGUCCAGAGAUUUUUGAAUUUAUUUUGAUUUGUUUACAUAGUCUCCUCUGAGAAUGGAUGACUUUUUGUAGCUCUGGUUCAGAUGCCGUCUGCCUUCUCUGGAAAUCAGGCUCUGAGGCUGUGGGUGGUAUGUGAUGUGCAGAACCGUACUGCAAAAACCAGCAUCAGGAGCCAAACCAAACCAAAGAUGUUUCAGUUUUAUAAUUAUAGUCACUUUAUACUUAAUACUCCACUGGAUCAUCCAAAAGGAGGAGUGACACAAGCUACAUUUUGACUGGAAAUAUAUGACUCAUCUCAUAACAGUCAGUGGGAAACCUCCCUGUCUCCCUGUCCGCCUAUUGACUUUUUAAACUGUUCAGUGUAAACGUUUAUCGUAUUUGUAAAUGCCUUCAACAAUGAUGGGAUUUUUCUUCAUAAGAUUGUUUAAAAAGAGUUUAUUCUAGCUUUUUAUAUUGAAUUGCUUCUCCACAUUUUGGAGAAAUAAAACUCAUUUGUUUACAUUUCAUUUAUUUAAAUACAGUGUUGUGAACAU